AUGGAUAGACUGGCAACGCUAAUAUCUCUCUCAAAAGUGUCAACCAAUUUUAAGCCAACCUAUGCAAACCAGUUGCUGACGGACGGCCUGAUAAAGAAACUGAGCCAUCGGAGGACUCGAUACGGAGGCAACCUCCGUUACUGCGUCCGAGCGAACGCCUACUGUCCAGGCUGUCUCACUCCGAAAGCCUGCGAUCCGGACGCUUAUUGGCAGUUCGCAGCCCUUUUCGAUCCCAUUCUGUUAAGCAUUAAUCGGAUAGAUUCCUUCUGCCAUCCCAUGGCUCCUAGUUAUGGACAGUUGAGGAAGAUCCCGAGCUCUCGAAUGUUGCCUGUAAUCUCCUACAGAGUUCGUUUCUCGCGCAAUCUGGCUGAUUAUCCCUUUUAUCCCCUGAUGACGAAAGCUCACUUUCAAAAUAUAGAGCGGAGAUGCAAGUCAGUACUCCUUAGCUGGCCGGAUGAACCUGCGGGAACCUACUACACGAUGGAGGACAUUAAGGCAGGCAAGUGUCGACUUCCACGCAAAUUCUUACCCAAUCCAAACAACUCUGCGCAAAAGAUCAGCGGCACGGAACGCCAUUGGCCGUACGGUCGAGGUGUUUUUGUGGCCCAUAACAACACAGCCGCCUCGCAGCUGGUCGUGCAGGUGAACAUUGAGGAUCACUUGCGCGUGAUCUGCCUUGACCUGACCGGUGAAAGGCUCCAUGAGGCCUACGGUCGUGCAGUUAAGAUGAUGCAGUGGUUAGAUAAAAUGCUCACAUUUUCCAAAAAGACCGACUAUGGUUUCCUAAGUCCGAUUCCUUUCAGUGUGGGUACCGGCCUCCGGGUGAGUGCCCUGCUUUCACUACCCAAUCUCCUGUCCGACAAGGAAGCCCUCUAUCAGGCUUGCUUGCAGGCUGGUGUGCGAAUUCGCCCCGGUGAUGGCAUUGGAACCCCGCUGGUUGACUCCAUCUGCGACGUGAGCCCAAUCGCCGGCCUUUGUGUGACCGAGUACAAAAUUGUCUCCAUCUUUCCAGGUCGGCUGAAACGUUUUUUGUUAAACGAGAGCAGAACACAGACGUCUAAAGUACUCAAUAACAAUUGCCUUGUCAGGGAAAAUAAUUGUCUCUUCAGAGCCUUCAUCCUCGGAGAACGCUUGUUUUGA